CAGCAUCCAUUUGCAUGUCUAAAUUCUACUACAACUUCGUCUCGUUGCACACCGUCACGCGCGCCACUCGCGCGUGCUACCUGCACACCACCACCACACCAUCUCCCUGAGUGGCUGAGUUUGAGCGAGGGAGGGCGCGAUGGACUGGUACGACUGGCUCAGCCGGGCGGGGCUCGGCGAGGGCCUGGCCGCCGAGUACGCGGCCCUCUUCGAGAGCAACGAGCUCGACGCCGCCGACGUCCGCCACCUCGACCACGCAUUCCUCGCCACCAUGGGCGUCGCCGUUGCCAAGCACCGCCUCCAGAUCCUCAAGCUUGCCAGGAAGGAGUCAUCCGCCUCUGCCGCCAUCACCGUCCUGCCGUGGCGCGCCACCAGGCUGCUCGCCGUGGCCGCGCAGCGGUCCGCGCGCUCCGUCGCCGGCUGCCUCCGCUCGGCAACAGCGCGCCGGGACAGACGCGCGGCCGUCGCGCCGCGCCCGCUGGAGCUCUGCCAACAACGCAUAAACGGCGGCGGCAGCGGAGCUACGCGAGGGCCGGCGCGGUGGAAGGGCGCGCCGGCUGUCGCGGACAGCCGCGGCACGGCGACGAAGCUGGCGGCUUUCCUCGCGCAGUUCAGCAAGCCCGUGCUCAUGCUCACGAAGAGCAGCGGGAUUAAGGGAACGAAGAACGGCGCCGUGACGCCGACUACGCGCAGCGCCAAGGCCAUUGCGGCGGGGUGCUUCGCGAGCACGGAGACGGGCAGCGACUACGACGCCGACGACGAUGACGAUGACGAGACUGACGACGGCGGCGGCGAGGAUCCAGAGACGCCGUGGGAGUCCAUGUUCCAGAAUCUGAAUCCCACUUAGGCGAGCCGCGCGCAUGCGUGCGUCAGACAAAAAGACACAUCCAUGGUGCACUGGCAGUGGCUCCGUGCCUCAGUGGUCUGGUCACUACACUAACCACUCGCCAGUGGGCGCUCCGACAUCUGUAACUAGUAAUGUACUAUUAUCUGUUCGGUGUGAAAUCGCAACGAGACUCUGUGUUGUUUUAUUUA